GGACUAAGCCGAAGGAAAAUGAGUGAAUGAUGCAUUGCAGAGCAUUUUUUGGAUACACUGUUCCUUUAAGUCUCCUUCUGUCAUAUAUAACAAAGCAAACAAACUACAAACUGGACGGUAACUAAACAUUUAUCGUGUUAAUGCUUUAAAACAGCGCUUUAGGGCGCAAAAUCGCUUAAUUAUCUGAUAAUGGACAAUUAACGUGCUGCUGGUGUGAAGAAGCUCUUUGUUGUUGUGCGCGCGCGCGUCGAUCGGACCAGAGCCUUGUGUCGUGACGUCACCGGCACCCUUUCCGACACUCGGAUUAAAGAUGGCGCCCUCUCAUGCGGUAAGAUGCUGUCAGCGGGGUUUAUCCUGGAUACCUGUGAUUUUCAUCAACCUGGUCGUUUGCUGGUCCUACUACGCGUACGUGGUGGAGCUCUGCAUCUACACAAUCCCGAACGUGAACGAGCAAGUUAUUUAUCUGGUAGUCUUUCAUGCUUUUUUCUUCAUGUUCAUGUGGUCCUACUGGAAGACCAUCAGUUCCAAGCCUACAAACCCCUCAAAAGAGUUCUGUCUCCCUAAGGCUGAGAAAGAGCUGUAUGAGAAAGAGGAGAGACCAGAGGCCCAGCAGGACAUCCUGAAGAGAGUGGCCAGAGAAUUACCUAUAUAUACAUUCACAGGAUCUGGGGCUAUCCGCUACUGUGACCGCUGUCAGUUGAUCAAACCGGACAGAUGUCAUCACUGCUCGACCUGCGACAAAUGUGUCUUAAAAAUGGAUCACCACUGUCCAUGGGUCAAUAAUUGUGUUGGAUUCUCCAACUACAAGUUCUUUGUGCUUUUUCUGGCCUACUCUAUGCUGUACUGCGUCUACAUCGCCGCCACAGUAUUGCAGUACUUUAUCAAGUUCUGGACCCUUUGCAGACGGAGGGCUAUAGAGCACUGCCCCGAGAAUCAGCUGCCUGACACUCAUGCUAAGUUCCAUGUGUUGUUCCUGUUCUUCGUGGCGGCCAUGUUCUUCAUCAGUAUCCUGUCACUCUUCAGUUACCACCUGUGGCUUGUGGGGAAAAAUAGAACCACUAUAGAGGCGUUCAGGGCACCGGUGUUCAGAAAUGGCCCAGAUAAAAAUGGCUUCACACUGGGUUUCCGCAAGAACAUCACCCAGGUGUUCGGAGACCAGAAGAAAUACUGGUGCUUGCCCAUUUUCAGCAGUUUGGGUGAUGGUUACACCUUCCCUACCCGCCUAGUCACUGUUGACGUGGAGCAUGGCAACAUUGAACACCAAACCAUUAAAUGCACUGUUGAUGGACAGACUAACGCCAGACCUCUGAGUGAGUCUCAGAAUCAUCUGCUCUGCAAUGAUGAGGGCCAGAAGGACAGCAGCAUGGCCGCCAUCGAGGUGUGUCAACCUGUUUGUGUUACCUUGGAGAACGAGUCCUAAUCCAGGAGUUUUCAGUGGCACUGGGACAUCUUUCCUCUCUUCAGGAUGUAUUGUUUCCUAUAAGACCUCACGUGGAAGACCGCAGAGCCCUCAGAUACAAUGCCUUAAGGUUAGCAUUAUUUCCAGGAAAGACCAGUGCCCUGGUGGAUGUUUAUGUAUCCGACUCUCAAGCUCUUCACACCAAACGGAUCUUCAUAACUCACUUUUCCAUUUGUCCAUCUGUCUGACCAAAAUACCCUAAGAUGACCUUCAAGUUUGAUUCUUAGUCCUAAAUACAAUGGUUAAUCUCGGGGACUGCUUUAUUUGUGUAGGCCAAAAACUCAGUCUGGCGUUUUUACCCAAGAUGCACUUUCGUGUGGAAUGGUUUUGCAGAUGUUUACGGAUCUAAAUUAACAUGUGCGAGUGCAAUGCAGUAUUUGAUCAGAAUGUGUUCAUUCACUACAGCAACAUCACCUCAACUAAUACUGUAGAUUAUGUAGUAGGUAUUUGUUUGAGUGAUAAUUCAGAAGAAAGUGCAAUGAGGCGUUUAAUAUUUUAGAUAAUUACAAAACUGGAACGCUUUAUAGUGUUUAAUAGCUACUUUGUUUAUACAUGUAUACACACACACACACACACACACAAAAAUAUACCCGAUAAUUAACACUGAGGUUUUUUGUUUUAGUUUAUGCCCAUCAGCAUUAUACUAUCAGCUUUGUGCCUUCAGUUCAAGGUUAGGAUUUGCAGCAGAGGGUGUGAAUCAUGUUAAAGGGAAAGUUCACUCAAAAAUAGGGUUAAGUAUCGUCACGAUUUUAUCGAUUCCACUUAUCGAUUUGAAUUCUUAUCGAUUCGCUUACCAAUUUUGAUUCUUAUCGAUUCCGCUUACCAAUUUUGAUUCUUAUUAAUUCAACUUACCGACUGAUUUAGAUUUUUAUCGAUUCCGCUUACCGAUUUUGAUUCUAAGCGAUUCCGCUUACCGAUUUCGAUUCUUAUCGAUUCCGCUUACCGAUUUUGAUUCUAAGCGAUUCAACUUAACGACUGAUUUUGAUUCUUAACGAUUCCGCUUACCGAUUUUGAUUCUAAGCGAUUCCACUAACCGAUUUUGAUUCUUAUUGAUUCAACUUACUGACUAAUUUUGAUUCUUAUCGAUUCCGCUUACAGAUUUCGAUUCUUGAUUUCGCUUACCGAUUUUGAUUCUAAGCGAUUCCGCUUACUGAUUUCGAUUAUUAUCGAUUCCGCUAACCGAUUUUGAUUCUUAUUGAUUCAACCUACCGACUGAUUUUGAUUCUUAUCGAUUCCGCUUACCGAUUUCGAUUCUUAUCGAUUCCGCUAACUGAUUUCGAUUCUUAUCGAUUCUGCUUACCGAUUUCGAUUCUUAUCGAUUCCGCUUACUGAUUUAGAUUCUUAUCGAUUCCGCUUACUGAUUUUGAUUCUUAUCGACUCUGCUUACCGAUUUCGAUUCUUAUAGAUUCCUAGUUUCAAUCCCAUUGUAAAACAUCAUUGCAAAAUCCUUUAGGCCCUGUUUAUUAAGGAAUUUGUUCAUGUUUGUUAACCUUGUUAAUGGAAAUUAAGUUUUUCAUGUUCAUAUUUUCAUGCUCGCAGCUCAUUAACUAAUGCAUUUGGAUUUUAAUAAUGCGUUAGUACAUGUUAAGCUAUGAUUAAAAAAAUGAUGAAAAUGUAUUAUUCAUUAUUAGGUCAUGUUAGUAAAAUACAUUAACUAAUGUCUACAGCGUGACCAGCGGGCAAAGGAGACACAUAAGGUUACUGAUGCAACUUUUAAAAUUUACAAGAAAAAUAUCUUAUUAACAGUUCCAGAUCAAUUAAACACUUUAUGAACAUGCUAGUCUACUUCAUGCAUUAAAUAAUUUAAUUAUGAAUUACAUCAUAAAGUACAUGUCUAACAGACGGGGAAUAAAGGUUUUACAGUUUUAAUAUGUAUAUGCUUAUUUUAACACAUUGAAAGUAAUUUAAUUAUAUAUAACUGUUCAAAAACAAUUUGCAAAGGAUCAGGAAUUUAUCACACAUGCAAAAAAAAAAAAUAAUAAAUCACGUUCAUCGCCAUCAUGUCACUUUUUCGAGGUUAAAUUCGCCUCUGUGAAUGCUGCUUUAAAUAGAAUAAAUGUAUUAAAAGCACAUUAAAGACCAUGUACAUGAAAUAAAGCAUUUACAAAGCUGUAUCUGAUGGGAAAACACCAAUUUAUGGGCGCUGCAUGGCUUUCAGUUUGAAUAGAAUGAAGCAGACUUAAAAAAAAAUUCUGUAAAAUUUCAGAAGAAAAAGAUUAAACAUAUUGGGACCGUAAAAAAAGAACAUUUUAAUACUUCUUACAUUUUCUGAGUUUAUUGCAAUGAUUACACUUAUCUUUGUUAUCGUUUUCACCACAUGUAAUCUUUUGAGCACAUGGACUGAAAGAUGUGUAAUGGGUGUGAGAGGGAGACAUUUAAAACAUGCAGUGUUGGUGCUCCUCCAGGAACAUGGUCGAGAAACACUGGUUUAGAUUAUAGCUAAUUUAAGGUUAAUUUUAGGGCGCGACAGUUCCUGGCAGAUUGUCUGUGAAGAAAUAAUAAUGUGUGUACAUACAGGAAUCUAAAUUUUUAUUUUAUAGCAAGUGUCCGAUUCUUAAUCUAAGUAUUUGAUUUUUUACGUUUAAAUAUUCGAUAUAUUUAAAUAUAUCGAUUCCCAACCCUACUCAAAGAUGAAAAUGGCCUAUUCAUUUACUCAACCCAGACUAUGGGAGAUGUAGGACACUUUCAAAACUAAAUGAAAUCAAUGCAUUUAUAUUAUUAGUUAUUAUUUAUGUAUACAUUCCAAGUUGACUUGUAAUUUUUGAAUCACCAGGGACCACAACUACAGCAAAAAAAGUCAAAUAAAAUAAGUGUGCAGUUUUGGGUGAACUCUCUCUUUAUAGCACACCUGAGGUUUCUAGAUAGUGUAGCACAUGCAGCUCAGAAGGAACUCAACCUUUAGCAAGUCAGAGCUAAUAGUUUGAGUUCUGAUAUUCCAGUUUGAAGAUUUGUUUGUGUAAUGUUGCUGUACUUUUCACUGAGGUGUUUACAGCGGCACCGUCUUCAUUUAUUCCUCUCUUCUUAUUACUCUGACCUCAUUCGUGACUGGGAUACUUGCAUAUCUCUGCUUGGAAAAACGAAUACCCAUAACUUCAGAGUUUACGUUCGUUGAGGUUAUUGAAUUGUGUUUGUGCUGAACUUUUAUUUUCUUUAUGUAGUUUUACAGAAUUGUCUAUUUAAGUUGCCGCAUGUUUAUAUGAAGCUUAUUGAAAAGCAAAGACGGUCUGGAUGAAGGUUUAAUGAUGUCACUUUAAAGUAACAGUUCACUCAGAGAAAAAAAGUCAAUUCUGUCUUUUAUUUAUCCUCUACAAACAAACCUGCUGGAGUUUCUUUUUAAUUCAAUUGAUGAUAUUUUGAAGAAUGUUGGAAAGUUUUUCGCUGUAACUUCCAUAGUACUUUGUUUAAACCAUAGAUGUCUAUGGCUUCUGUAUUCAAGAAAAAAAGAAACUCAAAGGUUUGGAACCACAUGAGGCUGAGUAAAGGACACAUUUAUACUGAAUGAUUCAAGUGAUCCAAUUCAAAAUAUUUAUUUUUCUCUCCUCAUAUUACACGAGUUGAUUAUGGUUCGUGUUUAAGCAGAAAAAAAAAACUUUUGUCAUAAACUACUAAAUCAACUGAUCAUUAAGUGCUUAUCAACAGUGUUGAGAGCAAUAAAUGUUUAAAGAUGCAUUAUUAAAUGUAAACGGUAAAUACAGGAAUGGUGAAAAAGCACUAUUUUAUUAUGGCAGCUGUCAGUCAGUGCCUGCUUUUUUUUUUUCCUCAUACAGUUUAAUGCAUCUUUGGUGCGUGUACUAGUGUACAUGCAGAUAUUGGACAUGAGCCACUUUUUAAUCAGACCCUCUAGUUUGUUUGCGAUCGCUAAAUCCAACACAAAAAUCAAGUCACAAUUUUUAAGCGGAAAAUAAUAAUUAAAAAAAAAAAGUUUAAAUGUCAUAAAACAUCCAAUUCUAACCCAUAUAGAUACUAUAAUUAUUUCAGUUUGCAAUUAAUUGCUUUACAUGAUUUAUAGAUGUUGCAUACGCAGAGCUCGUGAUGUAUUUGCAGAAAUUCCAUGUCUCCUGGGAAUCUAUGCAUAUGCGGGAGACUGCCGGAGGCUUAAAAACAAAUGAUCUCUCGGAAAUCGCGCGUCCCAAAUGGUGUCUCACCUGCCCCUUAUGUAUGGCUGGCAGCCUAAUAUAAUGUGCUUCAAAACAAUAAUUGCGUUCAUUUGACUCUUUCCUUGUACCAUAAGUUUGAUAGCAAUAUUUUCUAUUUUUAUUAAAGUAAGGGAAGUCCAAACGCAUGUCUUAUGUGUGAGGUACAUGAUGUCAAGAUUGUGGGUAAAAAUAAAAUCGCUAACCUUCCUUUGGCUUAAUUCCUCACAUUUUAGAUCUUGUUUUGACAAGAGACCAAAAUAAAGAAGCUUUAUUUCUAUGACUUGUGCAUAGUAGGCUACUGAAUGUGAUACAUUUUUUAUAAAUUUAAAUUUCUGGAAAUGACCACCACAAAAUUAGUCAUUUUAAUCGCAAAAAUCACAAACAAAUUGUAAAAAAAAAAA